UGUUUGCAGCGUUUAUAAAUAUUAUUAUCAGAAGCGGUAUUGUAGUUGUUUUCAAGAAACGGAUUAGAUCGCUGUUUAGGUUUGGCCGUUAAAUAUGUAGUUAUAGCGUUCUUAAAGAAAGUAUCGCUCUUAAUUUUGCCUUAUACUCAAUAUCUUAAAUGAAGAAUGUAAGUGAGAGUGCUUUUUCGUCGAAUUUGCCCGUAAAUUUUAAGGUUUAUAAUAUUAUCCAAAACCCGUGACAAAAUGUAAACAAACUAUUAACGCAUCGGUUGCGCUCAUAUUUCAUCGAUCGAUUCGAACACCAAGAAGUUUGUAAAAGGUAAAAAAUUCAUUUUAAGUCAGUGCAUUGAAUUAUUUACGGCAAAAUCAACAACAAUCAUCGAGGAUUUUUCAGUUUUGAAGCGUUUAACAGCAAAAAGUCACAUGCUAAUUCGGAGUAAAUUUAGACAGUUUUUAAACAGACUGAGCUAUUGUUAGUCGCGUAAAGUUCUAUUCUUCAUCGAAGAAUAGGCAAAUGUUGCGGAUGUCUGAGCAGGAACAAUAACCAGGAAAGGGAUGUACCCAGGGGAUUUCUUGAUUGACACUAAAUUAACGUCAUUUUUCACUUAUUUGCAUUUUCACGAUCGACGUUUUUGAAUGGGCGCGUUUCUGUAAUGGUUACAUCUUUGGGUUCGGCCACUUAAGUAAGACGAGAACCACUUUAUAGCUGCCUGAUGGACACCCAAGUACAACAUCUUACGCAAGAUGAUCUUAUUAGCAAUGGUGUCGAAUGCCAUAGUAAAACAGGCAAACCUGUAAGUCGCAAAUAGUACAAUUGGAAGAGACUCGCGGAAUCCUGUGCUGACAUCAGAAUUCCUGCUAAAGCUAUCGAACAGCUUUUCCUCCUUUCCUCCACCACAAAUGAUGAGCUAAUCAUCAUCAGGUACAGUUAGUUUUAAAACAAGAAGCACUGCAGAAGAGGUAGUUGGCAAGCGGGUUUCAAAUGGCUUACCAAACAAAGAAGAAAAAGAAGAAUUGCGAAAAGCUCUUAAUGACACCAAAAGCAAGCACCUGCUCCUUAACACAGCCGCCUCCAGGAAGAGAUUGAAGGAUCUGAACGGGUCAAAAAGAGGGACGAUAGUGACCCAAUUAGUCACCAAGAACUUCUCAAUGAAUGGAAGAGGUACCUUAGCACUCUUCUGAACAACGCCACCGCUAUUGAUGCUGCUAGACCACCGCCAGGUGAUUGACCACUUUCUGGAUGCUUCAACCUUGGCCGCUCUUAUUCAUCAUCUAUUCAUUAUAGAGAUACACUUUCUAUGUGUUCAUUGCUUUGCUAAUGAUAUACAUCUUUAUGUAGUAUUUCAAACCAGAUGGCCAACUCAGUCAAGAUGCUUCAGUACGGACUAUGGAAAAGUGUCUUGCGGAUAUUCAAAGCUGGAUGAUCGAUAAAAGACUUCUAAUUAAUGAUGAAAAAACUUAGGUGUUAUUAAUUGUGACUCUCCGCAGCAUUUUGAUGCUAAAGGUGAAAGCACGCACGCGACACUCUUACACUUUAAAACAAAUAAUAGUUUGUUUCUUGGCACGGUUUCAGGAAAUAAACUGUUUUUCUUGCAGUUCUCCGCAAAAGGUAGAUAACUUCAUAAUUCAUUUUUAAUCUAGAAUACUUGAAUCCACUCAGCCCAGUCUUUUUUUUUUAGGCUUCCUGCCACUGGUGGGGGGGGCAUCUGGAGCUGCCCCUUUACGCAUAAACUUAAUUGACACAAUGACGUAAUUUGACUUCAUUUCGACGUCAUAUUGAUGAAAUUAUAUUUUUCCCUCAAAGCGAAAGAUACUUAAAUAGUAAGGUUACCGACAAAAUCAAGAAGUUGGCAAACAAAUUUGUCAUCAUCAGGGUUGCAAUGACAUCGGAGUUGUCAUAGCAACGAAAUGACGCCAUUACCUAUUAUACUUGCAGCAUUAUUUCUCACUAUGAAAUCGUUCUCGGGAGCUUUUUCCUCCAAUAGUCGCCUCGAUGUUCGUGAAGUUAAAACGGAAUCUGUAAGAGCGUUAUCGGGAUAUUUUGGGAUAAAGUUUUUAUCGUUAGAAAUACAGUAAAACAGGAGAAAUCUUGAUGUUUAGCCGCUAUCUGUAGAAAACGAAGCGCUUUUGACAUGCAAUUUCACCUCAUAGUAGCUUCAAUCUUUUUAAAAAUGUAUGUGAGUUAUUUUAGAGAUAAUUCUGGUCAAUUGCUACAAAGAAGGAUUUCAUUAGUAUGCAUUAUGGCGCUCUUGUUAGCGGUUUUGUAAACAUUUCGGUCUACUCUAAGUGAAUAAUUUGAACCACUUGAUAGAUUUUUUUUUUAAAAAAUUAAGAUUCUUCGCGUAAUUCAAGCAAGAAUUCGUCAGCCACUUCUUCACUUUCAGAUCAAUCGCUGAUGCAAUCUGCCAUACACUGUUCUACGAGCGAAGAUGAUUCUAGAAAGUUAGGCGGAAGUUUAUUCUAAUCAAUUCACGAUUGGAAAUAACCCAUUGCAGUACAGUUCCCAACGAUAAAAAUAAACCCUUCCCCUAUAAACAGAAACUCAUCACGUGCUUGGCAACCACUGUCUCGUGUGAAUGUAACUUGAUUAUUACGCCGACUUCAGGUUAAAAUAGAAAAGAUUUAUCUCUUCAAAAUGCUAACAAAAAAACAUGAAAACGUCUUCAAAAGCUGGCUUUGCCCAAAUUUUCUCUUGCUGCCCAAAAAAUCUGAGUUGCCCAAAAUUUGGGGGUCUGCAGCCCUCCUCGCCCCCCCGGCCCGUACGCCUAUGUCACUAAAUAAACGUAUUUAAAUGAAUUGUUACACAACUAUUUAUCACAUGCCCUGCGUUUGGCAGGAAAUGCAAUAAGUGUGGAAUCGUUGGUCAUUUCGCUCGUGCAUGUAAAGGAGGAACAAGAGAGCAAGCAGGCAACAGCCAACAGUCAAAUUUCGUUGAUGCUGAUGCAGAUGAGGAGACGUUUGUAGCAGAAUGCAAAGCAACACCUCGGAGUGCAAAGAAGUUCUUGGCUCAUUUACACCUUGUUCACGAAGAG